UUGAAUAAGGGAGUUUUCAAGAAUCUGUAUGAAUAUAUGAUAAUUGAUUCGUAUGCUUUUUGUUGUCGAUUAGACGCUUGUUGCUCUUGGUUUUCGGAUUUACUGUUCGAAAUUUCAUAGGUCUGGAGAUUCUUGGAGAGUAUAAUAUUCAAGAUUUGAACUUGGCACACUUUAUGGGCAUUUACUUUUGAGGAUUAACCCAGAUAGAGUUUACUAGGAUGGGAGUUAGCUCCUCAAUGGGUUAUGAAAAUGGAACAGUCAGUGAAGAGAAGAAGCAGCCUCUUGUUUCUUUUGGGGUGAUAGCAGACGUGCAGUAUGCGGACAUCCCAGAUGGCCACUCGUUUAGUGGUGUGCCUCGCUACUAUAGGCACAGCCUGCUCGUGUUGCAAAGAGCAGUGCAGCAAUGGAACGAGAAAAGGGUGAAGUUCGUCAUAAACUUUGGGGACACCAUUGAUGGCUUCUGCCCGAAAGAUCAUUCUCUAGCUGCCAUUCAAAGAGUUCUCGAUGAAUUUGGUGCUUUUGAUGGCCCGGUUUAUCACAUGAUUGGCAAUCACUGUCUUUACAAUCUCCCCCGCGAAAAGCUACUUCCCCUGUUGAACAUUGCUAGCCAUAACAACCGUGCCUAUUAUGAUUUUUCCCCAAUACCAGAAGUCCGAUUUGUAGUCCUCGAUGGUUAUGAUAUCAGCUCUAUAGGAUGGCCUCAGGAUCACCCAAACACCAUAAAAGCCAUGAACUUUCUUAAAGAGAGGAAUCCGAAUUCAGACAAGAACAGUCCAAAUGGACUUGUUGGUCUUGAAAGAAGGUUCCUGAUGUUCAAUGGAGCAGUCGGGGAAGAACAGAUGAGAUGGUUAGACAAUGUUCUUCAGGAUGCUACGGAGUUAAACCAGAUAGUGGUAGUUUGCUGUCACCUACCUUUAGACCCCGGUGCAUCGUUUAUUGAAUCACUGUUGUGGAAUUAUGACGAAGUGAUGGAAGUGAUACACAGAUACAACUGCGUGAAAGUGUGUCUAGGUGGACAUGAUCACAAAGGCGGACACUCAGUCGACUCCCAUGGUGUGCACCAUCGAGUUCUGGAGGCAGCGUUGGAGUGCCCUUCGGGUACUAAUGCUUUUGGAGCUAUUGAUAUUUUCCAUGAUAGGUUAUUGCUCUCUGGUGCAGAUAGAAUGGAGAGUCAGGAGAUGGUUUUCUGCAGCUAUAUGGAGCAGCAAGAUUUAUGUACAACAAGAUGCUUGAAAGCUCAUAACUAGCGAUAUCGGAGUAAUGAAUCUUGAAUAUAAUUUAGAUAUGUAAUUGGAUGGGAAAAAGAUAAUGAAAUUGUGUUUGCUUUAAGGUCACAAUUCACAAAUGUGCAUUGAUUAAGGCAGGGUAAAAUAUUCUUUAGACAAAAUUUAGUAUUUUGAUGAAUUCAUCAUGUAAUUUGUAUUAUGUUUCGAAGUUUGUAUGUUUGAAGAUGAGUAUGUUAUGUCCCGAGAAAUAUAAUGCUACAUAUCUUAUAUGA